AGUAGAGUGAGGUAUGGGUGAUUCCGAGUGUGUAAUAAUACGCUGCGGUUUUUCUACUGUCUAUAUGGCCUGGCGCCUUUUGCUCUCGGCGCCUCGUUCUUGUUGUCAUGCAAAUUGCGUCCCACGUAACCCUCCGUACCGGCGAACCUCUACUGUACAUAAUGCUAUGCAUUAAUAUCUUUCAACUGUAUACCAGAGUGUACGCACGGCUAUUGAACACUGGUAUUUACUGGCGGGUGGAACUUGAAGUAAAUAACAUCAUGACAAUGGAGAAUCCCGCGGGAUAUGACAUGCAUUAGCAGACGAUAUACUACCAAAACAUAUUUCCCCAUUGGGUUCAAAUAGAAAUCUGAGGUAGCAUACAACCAAAAGAUCAGCUAAACUAUAACUGGAGAUUCAUUAACAACAAUGACCGGAGGAAAAGUGAGAAUUUGAGCAAAGUAUGCGGUGGAAUAGGAGCAGUGUAAGACACUUAUAAUUGUGAUCCGCGACAUUAAGAAAUCGAUAAUUCUACAUACCAAGUUAAGACAUCGCAGACGGCAAUGGUGAAAGUGAUCAGUUGUUGAGUUGGAGUACAUAGUUUCUAUAUCGCUUCUCGCUACGAUUAAAAUCAUUCUGGAAAGUGGAAUACGCACCUGUAUAGCAAAUUCGUUAUACUAUCAUGAAAUUUGAGGUAUCAUUGAUGUAUCUACAUACCAUCACAAACCGGAGAGCCUUUAGGAGCGGUUAGGAGUAGGUAAUGAUAUACCCGUUUAACCACUAUAUUAAAGCAACAUUGCUGGAGCAAUCGCAUAUUUCUGAGAUAAACCAAAACAUAUUCUGAGUGAAAUUAUUUUAAUUCGCUUAUGAUAUAUUUUGCAAACAUUGACCUACAUCCUCGACUAUUAAGCCCUUCAUCUCAAUGUCAUUGGGGAAGAGAUCGAUUAAUCAAUAGGGGACAUAGUAAAUGCAAAAUUCAAUGGCAGACAGUGGUUGUUCCCUUGUCGACAUGAGAGUCAUCACUUUGGUUUGCCAGUAAUGGCUUUGUUAAAAUGCAAUAAUUUUAUUGAGACAUUACCAUGGACACGACGACUGAAUCAACGACGGAAGUGUGGGGGAGUGGUGAUAACGAAACAAGCACAUUAAUUGAUGAAGGAAACUUUACAACCAUUAAUGUGACGUUAUGGAACGUAACGACCGUAACGGGUAUUUCGUCGAAUGUAUCAAGUACGACGGUGACGCAAUUUGUCACCCUGUCGACAACAGAUGAAGGGUUGAGUACGACCAAGUUGGAUGCUCCGACUACUAGUGCGAUCGUGCAACCGUCAUCGGAAGCGUACACGGACAGUGAUUUGAGGAUCUUUGCUGGUGUCUUGAUGAUCAUCAUUACCGCCUUGGCUUUGAUCGGAAACCUUGGAGUCAUCGCUGGUUUACGACAUAAAUGCUUUCACGGUCGAGCACUUUACACCUUCUUGAACAACCUUGCCAUCACAGUCCUGUGUGAUUGCCUCUUCAAUGCUCCUUUCAUCAUAGGAGCGAUGCUCUCUGACGGUAGAGUAUGGCUGGAUUCUACUUUUCUAUGUAACGUUACUUCUUUCAUCGGUAAUUUGAUACAUACCCAGAUUAUCCUAAGUCUGAUGCUACUAGUCUUGGACAGGAUGCUGUCCUUGAAAUACUCGGAUAGUUACAUCAGGAAGACUGUUGGGGUGAGAGCUAACUUGAUAUCUGGAUACGCAUGGGUCCAUUCAAUGGCUUUUACCCUGGCUAUCGUCGUCACGUCCGUUGAGAGUGACUAUUUCGAAGACAGGUAUCUUUGCUCUGUCGAGUACAAAAACAACUUAGCAUACAACGUUAUAUAUUCAUUAUUAUGCAACAUAGCUCCUUGGGUGACAAUAAUGUGUUGCUAUAUCUACAUUGUGGCAUUAGCGUCUGAAGCAAACGCAAGGGAUAAUGUUUUAGCUGAAGCAGGGUAUGGCGAACUGACUGGACCCAUUGGACAAGCUACAGAACUUAAUCACGCGAAACCAGUAGGUGUUUUGAUAUUUUUGUGGUGUUUGCUAAUAGGGCCAUUUCAUAUUUUAGGAAUGAUCUAUGUGUACUCUGGGGUAACGAUGAUCCCUGGGGUGGUAUGGACAAUCUUCACAUGCUUAAGAUUUAUCUAUGAUUUCUUGGUUCCGGUGGUCAUUCUGGUCGCCUGGCCAGAAUCCUGGAAAGAAUGCAAACACUUUAUCGCAUGUCGUCGGGAAAAUGCAAUAACAGAGAACGGCCUUCGGAACCGUAUCCCAGGAGUUCGUUCUUCAUGGGCCGAAGGAAGUGAUGGAUCUGUAACCGAUAGGUCAACACUUGACAGAUCGACACUCAGCAGAUCGUUCAAUGUUCCUGUACUGUUUCCAACGUCCAAUGGGCUACAGCUUCAGGUCAGUUCUAGAGGAAGUAAGGAUGGUGGAGACAUCGAGGUUGCAGACUUCGCGUCUGAAGAAAAAUUACGAGGCAGCAGGCGUCCUCCACCUUACCUCCCACCACUCUUUAGCGUCGUGCAAAGUAGCGAGGAAGAUAGUUUUAAUACAGACAGUAGCAUGCCUUUGAAAGGAGAAGACAAUGGCCUGUUUGAUCUUAAUGAAUCGGCCGAUAGCAAAACUGCAAUAUCACAAUUUCAGUUGUCUUUGGGGAGGGCGGAAGAUUUUCAUGCUCUGAAGUCUACGACGCCCGGAAGUGACGCGAAGGUGUCACCACGGAAUGAACGGGAAUUUGGAGAAGCGCAUAAGGAAUACUCCCCAAGACAUUACCAAAAAUAUUCACAAGGAGAUGGUAAAACCAACCCUAGUUUUACUAGCCCUGCUCCCCAGCAAGUUGGAAGGCAAAAGAAAAACAGUACUUCCAAAAGAGACCUUCCCUCGAAUGAAAUAAAACCUUCUGAGAAAUCUUCAGAUAGUAAUUUGCAAGGAAGGGCGAGACGAGUGAGCAAAGGUGAAACUAUUUCAACAAAUACCUCAUCACCGAUCAGGGAACAAAACCAAAUAACAUCAAAUGGAAAAGAGCGAUCUAAGAAAGGAGCCGUUACUAGCGGAAACAACGCUAAUAAUAUCACUGGUAGAGACGAUGAUGGACUCGGGGGCAACUCAAGAAGAGUAUCAUCAGAGAAAGGCGUUGCCGAUGGGGACAAGGGAGGAGGAGGUGGAGGGGCAAACGGGACCAGCAGUAGCAAAGGAGGGCGGCGCGUCAGUAGUACAGGUAAUGGAGUUGGACGUGGUCUUAGGAGCAGGGAGGAGUCAGAAAAGAGACAAAGACAUUCCAGUGGGAAGAGUAUACAUAGUAAUUCAUCAAGUCCAAGAGAUAAUGGCUCAUCUUCUAAGGCACAGGAGGGCUCAGGAAGAUCGAAGUGAUGUUAUGGCAUAUAGACAAAGGCGAAAUGCAGAUUUGCUAGCUGGAUACGGACCAAAAUACCGCAAUACUUGUAGAUCAAUGCUGAUUAUUAUCAGAGACACUAUCCUUGAAUCACCAAAGAAAAUCAUCACUCAGCUAUAGCAGUGAGCCUUUAAAACGUAUUUAUGAUAAUUAGCAUUAGUUGAGCGAGUCCUUGUCUCUAUAUACUUUCUGUUUUUAGCACGCUAUUCAUUAUUCUUAGAAGCCAUUUAGCUCUUUGUUUACUAAAAGUACUCUGUCAAAUGCCAAUUUCGAGCAUGCUUAUUGUUAUUUUAUUAGAGAGUUGUCCAUAUUUACAAUGUAAAACGUUAUCGGUCAAAUCAAUCAAACGUGCUCCGUAAAGCACAGGCCUUAUUUCAUUUGUGAUGUCGUAUUUUGCCCAUCGGACAUGUUGGUUUAUCAAUCAAAAUAAUUAGCUUUGGAGACUGGUUACAACAAAGAUUUGUGUUUGAUUGCAAUUUCAUGUACAUGUAUAACUCAAUCACAACUCAAAUACGUCCCUCUGAUUGGUUAAAAAUCAGGUUUCAUUUGAUAACGUUUUCUGCAAAGACCCCUGAACAAUUAUCAAAUAUAUAUAGGUAACCUACGAUCAAUCAUGAAGAAUUUAUCAUGUACAUUUACAGUGUAUACUGAAAUUAUAAUAUUGGUGAACUUUUCGUUCUGAAUGAAUAACAUUUUGCAUGGCUUUGGUAAGUGUGACACGCUCUAAUAUAGUGUAACAUCAUUGAAGAAAAAAAAAAACAAUGCGACACGGUAUAUUAAACAUCCACAUGCUCUUUAGAUGAUUGAUUUUCAUAAUUGAUGUCGAUUGAAUGUAAAUGGAAGUUGUAGAUUACUGUCAUCCCUGAAAAAAAAUCCACGAUCUAUCAGUGUAAUCACCACGCUUCUAGUGUAAUGCAUGUUCGCAGUUCCAGUGUUAUCAUGAUCAGAUCAUUACAUGUAUAUGAAGCUUUAUUUGUUCAAAAUAUUCUUUAAAUCGAUAGAUAAUCCAAUAAAAUGUCAAAACUUUUUUUUUUGUACGAGGCAUAUCUAUGUUUAAGGCUUUCUAUCUAGAAUGCUGUUGCAGUGUUAUGGUCGAAUUGACUUUUUUAUGAUACGACAAAGUUCUCUUUUAAUUUUUUUUUAACAUUUGCUAAUAUUAUUAUGUAUACUUCCAAAGGCACUGGCGUCGUUUUUUUAUACAAAUAUCUUCAUGAUAGUUAUGUUAGAAUAGUAUGAGAAAUUUAUAUACCAUUGUCUUUCAUAUUUGAUUUUGUAGACUAAUGUACUCCCGUAACCGCACAAAUGUCUUUCAUAUUUAUAGUCUUUCAACUGCUUUCCUGAGCUGCUUGAUUUUUAUGAUAAUUUCAAAAUUACACUGAAAUAUGCAUUUUAUUACAUCGUGUACAAAUAAUGUUAACUUUUAUUUGCAUCUAAUCUUUAUCAUGAAGCCUUAAAAACUUUUCUACUGACCAGGGGCAAUAGUGCAUAAAAUCAAAGAUUAAGGGUAGAUGAAAACUCUGUAACCUAAAAAGUAUUCUCAAUCGCAGAUCGUAUCUCUGCCAGUGAAAAUCUAAAAAAAUCCAAUCAAAACUUCUGUUAGAAAGAAAGAAAAUAUAGUAAGUAAGAAAGAAAGAAAGAAAAAAAGAAAGAAAGAAAAUAAUUUUAGCGCUGGACAUGCUGGAAUAGUUUUGAAUUCGAUUGCAAGUUUUAAGCAACGUGCCACAGGAUAUGGUUUUUUUUAAUAAGAUUUUGUUAAAUUAUAUUUUACAUUCUACUGUUAUAACAAUGAUUUCAGACUAGAGAAGAUAGAAUUUGACAUACAUUUCUAGGAAGAUUCAUCAUGAUAUAUUAGGCCUAUCUUCAUCAAUAUAAACAUUGUAAUAUGGGCAUUAAUUCUGUUAUCCGCAGAUAAUAAGAAAUCAGUGUAAUAAAUGAGCAGGUGAAAAACAUCACUAUUAGCAGAUUAGUUAAUGUGAUAUUUGGAGUAAUCAGAUGUUAUUUAAGGAAUAUAUAUAAUUCGAAUGUAUUUUACAUGAUUUGAUUUUGUCAUCUGUACGUAUAAUGUUAUCCCAUAUUUCGUGAUGUAAUAUAAGGUUUUUGGUAUGAAUGUAAAUAAAUUUGCUUCAUGAUUACCAAACGAUCAUUAAGGUGCCAUUAAUGGUGGACAAGUAGCCUCGUAUGAUGAAACCAAACGGCUCACCCAGCAUGCCCAGUCAAACAUCUGAAGUUUUUAGUAUGAACUUGGCAUGCACAUACAUGUACUCAUAUUUUCAGAUUUUGAUCAACUUUUACCAUUGGAACAUGAUACAAUAAUUUCUAUGGCCUUCGUUGAAUUUUAAAAUGAAAUGUGAGUAAUGGUUGUCAAUGAACAGUGCUUUAUUUUAGAUCUGUGUAAGAUACAUACAGUAUGUACAGCAUAAAGUCAUAAACUUGUGUUUUUGAAAAAAACCGUUCUUUGUAAUUAAAAUGUGACAAACCUGUCUUCAUGCAACAUGACACAAAACUUUGUGUUACAGUAGAACAUGUUGUUUCUUGAGUAUAAUUUGGAGGUAUGCACAGAGGCAUGAAUUGAUCCAAAUUUAUACAAAAAGAAUAACAUGUCAUUUUCCCUUCUGUGUCCACUUUUAUAUUGAGUUUUCUUUCUUUUACUUUGCUUGAUUGUUGUUAACGAUUUUGAAGACAAUUAAGACGACCAAUUUCGGAUUUAUGAACUUUUUUUGUUCUCCUCUUUCACUUUAAUUCGCUUGCUUUUAAAAUAAAAAUACAAACAUGUGUCCUAAACCACUCGAGAACCCUGGACAUGCCACUGAGCAAUGUGAGGCAAAUCGUGUAUGUAAUCUAAAUGAGUUUGAAUUAGUCAGUAAAUGGGUCUAUUUGUGUGUUUUUUUUUUAACCGCCAUUUUGCUGUACAGACUGUACAGAUUCGAAUGUUGAUUAAUGUUUAUAUAUUUCAGAAUUACAUAUAUCUUAUUUUCUAACUUAAAUUAUAAAGACAAACGAACCAAAGGCACGUAGUACUACUCGAAGCAUGUUGUAAAUACGUGAAAGAUGUUCCAAAUAUUGUACAUAAAUGUAUGUAUUGACGGCUUUCAUGGAUAGGCUACAUGUAUAUCUCAAUUAGCGUACAUUCUUUUUCAUUACAGAUUUUUUCAUUUUACCACCCACUCAUUUUUAUAAGAUUUUUUAGAGCGAGUCUUGAAGCAUUGCAUUCAAAUUAUCUCAAUAUCAUGUUUUUAUGUACCAAUGUAAAAUGUAAAUCUGUAAACUUUUCCACGAUUUUGAUCUCGCUUGAAUUAUAUGUGACAAAGGCAGUUAAAAGAUGAACAUCUUUUUGAUAUUUGUGAAUUAAUAAAAUUGCAAUCGAACAAA